CCAGAAGUACUCUCUCGUGGGCCGUAGAUUAGUAACAUCUAUUAAUGAUGAAGAAGUUGAUAUUACAAAUAAAGUAAUAGGCUGGUUAAAUGAUACACCUUCAGUGAGACCUGAAUAUGAGAACUAUGAUUUAACAUUAGAAACCACAAAUCAAAACGAAUCAAAUGGAUCUACACAUUUCAUUGAACUAGUUCCUAUGGAAAUUACCGAUUCUAGUGAAACUGAAGAUUUUGAUGAUAGCGUGAAAGACAAGGAUUGGAAAGAAGAGGAAAGCUCAGAAAUAUCAUCAGAAAGUUCUGAUGAACAAGGUACCAUAAAUGAAAUUAUCAAUGAAGUCUGUGAAUCAGCUAUAAUAUCAUUUCACAUUGAAACACAAGAGAAUAUUAUUCCAAUUAAUAAAAACAGUAAAAAGAGAUUAAAAAAUAUAAAACAGUGGAGUAGGAAUGUGAAAAAAACUAAACUAAAUUUAGGCGAGGCUUAUAUAAAUAAUAGUGGAAAACAAGUUAAUCAAAAGCAGUUAUUAUCCCCUUGUGAUGCUGAUAAAUGCAAAUUUAAAUGUGCCACACUAUUCACACUAGCUGAGCGUUCAAAUGUAUUAAAUAUGUUCUGGAAAAUGGGAGAUAUAACUUCAAGGAGGGCUUUCAUCAUUAAGUAUACUUCACUAGUGACACCUAAGUAUAAAUAUAUUAAAGAAGUAAGUAAAAGGCUAUCAAACAAUGCAUUUUUCCUUCCAUUAGAUGAUGUUAGUAAAAGGGUAUGCAAAAAAAUGUUUAUGGCCACAUUAUGUAUAAGUGAUAAAUUCAUAAGAACUACUAUAAAAAAAUCAGGUGGUAGCAAUUUUACACUAAAUGACCUAAGAGGGAAACAUGAUAAUCAUAGAUCAUUAGAUCUUGAACUUGUAGCUGGAAUACAAAAUCAUAUUAAUAGUUUUCCUCGAAUUGAAUCCCAUUACUUACGAAAUCAAACUUCUAGAGAGUUUAUAGAUGGUUAAUUGACUCUAUCAAGUAUGC